AUGCUACUGUUGCUAUUGUACUUGACAAUAUCCGUUAUGACAUCACCACCUGAACUAAGGCUAAGGAAUGAUUUGAUGCAUGAUUACAAUCCAUUGGAACGACCGGUGGAACGAAGUGAAGAUCCGGUUGUUGUGACACUUGGAGUUAUUUUUCAACAAAUUAUCGAUCUGAAUGAACGAGAAGAGAAAUUGGAGAUAAAUGCAUGGUUGAAAUAUAAUUGGAAAGAUAUGAAAUUACGUUGGGAUCCAUUAGAGUAUGAAAAUAUAACGGAUUUAAGACAUCCGGCUGGUACAAUAUGGCAACCUGACAUUUUACUAUACAAUAGUGUUAAUUCCGCUUUCGAUAGUACAUUUAAAGUGAAUGCAAUCAGUUAUAAUGACGGUUCAAUAACAUGGAUACCACCGGGAAUUUUCAAAAUUUCAUGCAAAAUUAAUAUUUAUUGGUUUCCAUUUGAUGAACAGAUUUGCUUUUUAAAGUUCGGUUCCUGGUCAUUUAGUGGUCAUGAAAUAGAUCUUCAACCGGGUGAUUUCGAUAUGUCUGAUUUCAUCGAGAAUGGAGAAUGGAUCAUUAUCAGUAAGUGCUAG